GUGGCGACAGCGGACGGAGCGCGGCCCGCGCCGCCCCGAGGCCUGAGCCGGCCCCGAGGCAGCACCGGGCCCGGGCCCGCUCCUGCCCCCCGGCUCCCUGCGCCGUUUCCCGUCACGGGGCUGCGAGAGCGGCUCGAGCCUCCGCGGGGAUGGAUGCGAAGGGCCCGGUCCCGAGUGCCGUGGAGGAGCUUAAGAGAAGAGAUGACAGCACAUGGCAGAAGGCAAAAGCAGAAAGGAAACUUCCAGCCCACAAGUUGACUUUGCCACCAAUCACUGACGGAGACAAGAAGAAAGGGGAGAAGAACAAGACAGCUUCAUUUGUGUUGAGUAAAAAAACGCCCUUGCUCUCAAAGACAUCGUCCCAAGAGAAGCACAGAAAAUUUACUGAGAGGAAAUCGGCGCUCAAGGAGGCUGAAUUAGCUGAAAUGUUGGAAGAGAUCAAAAUUACCACGCACCUGACCAAGCUGAAGACAAAAGCUGUAGAGGAGCUGAAGCAGUGCAGUGACCACCUGGCAGAGACCAACUUCUGGCUGAUGAAGGACAUCCAGCACACUGAUGAUAGCACUGCCAAGCAAGCCAGAGACUUGCUACAUCAGUAUGAAGUGUAUCAGAUGAUCGAGGCAAUGACACAGGCCAUCAGUCAGAACCAGCUGGAUAUGGCAAGGGCAGAGCUCCAGGAAAUGGAAAAAACAAUGGAAAAGAAUCUGGAAAAGCUUCAACAGCAACUGGAUGAAGUCACAUCAAAAAUACAGGUUCUCCAGGAGGAGCUCAGCAUCCUGCGGACCUACACAGAGGUGCAUUAUCCAAACCAAGCUAUGCAGAUAGUUGUGCUGCUGUCCAACAUCCAGAAGCUGAAGGAGCAACAGCAGGAUGAGAUAGAUGAGACAGAAAAAAUGGGAAAGGCCAUCCUGGAGAAACUGGAAGAAAAGGCACAGCUGGAACAAGAGGAGAUAUUACAGAAAGUCGUGGAGGAGGUGUUGCUACACCAGGAUGGGCUGAAGCAGAUGGUUAUCAACAAUCACGUUCUUAGACGUGAAAUAAUAAGACAAAGAGAGAUUAUUAAAGACCUGGAAGAGGAGAUCGACAAGCUGAAAAGAAGCGUCCAGACACUGCGCCAGAGUGCAAGAGACCCAAGAGAGAUGAUCUUUGCUGACAUUUUUCUCCGCAGACCAAAGUGCACACCAGACACCGAGGUGCUCCUUCGCAUCCCCACGGAGGAGACGCCGCUCCCCUGGUGCCCGCAGCGCUCGGACGAGGUGCCGACCUGCGCAGCCCUUCCUUCCCCAGCAGCCCUCCUUCCUCCCAGCCCCACUCAGCCGCUGUGAGGACUCAGUUACAAGGUGCAGGAGGGUCCGCUGUGGUACGGCUGUGCUGUGUUGUAAGAAGCACGAUGAAAGCCCCUUGAUGUCGGCCCCCUGUGCGACCUGACCUCACACCGGCAGCGUCACCUGUCCCUGCUGGGACACCGCGGUGGCUCCAGGAGGGGCUGCAGCCAAAGCCCGACCAGGACUCUCCGUUGUGGUGCCCCAGGGGCGUCCCAGGGCCGGCCCCGACGCCCCGAGGUGAGCACAUGUCAGCGUGGACCGGGCUGCUGUCCCAGACCGGGGCCUUUGUGGGACAGAGCCCGCACGCAGGUUCAAAUAAAAACAGCCCUGUUCAAAACG